AGAGAUGAUGAUGAAGAUGAUGAUGGCGGAUGAAGAUCGGCGCUGAACGCGGAUUUCUAUCAUCGCGUUCAUUCAAUAUUUUACAAAUAUUAAAUAUAGACCACAGUCGAUUGGUCGCUCGAAUCAAACAUGGGUAACGAGGCGAGUAUGGAGGGCGGUGAGGCGGGUGUUCUGCUUUCAGCACCGCCGGCCUCCGGACAGCUCGUGAAGCCCGUGAAUGGCGCAGCGGCCGGGGCGGGAAGAACCCUCGAACCCAGCGGAGGCGUGAACAGGUUGGCUGGAGGGACAGGGCCUCCAUCAAGCCCUAUGCAAGGAAGUGCAAACCCAUACAAAAAGGUCAUCCACGAUGGUCCGAGACAUUCCCAGACUUCUUCUACACAUCAAUCUCAAAUUCAAACUUCAUCAGGAGGCAUGGCAGUCAGUCAGAGCCCUGGACAACAUGCAUCCAGACGUAACCUUCAGGUUGACUUUAAGACUUGCAGUGGACGAACAGGCCGCUCACCAACAGUCUCUCCUGACAGAGCUAGUGCGCCAACUUCACCCUACUCAGUACCUCAGAUAGCACCUAUGCCUAGCAGUAAACUGUGUCCGAUCUGUAAUACUGCAGAGCUAACAAGUGUUGACGGGUCUCCAAACUUCAACAAGUGUACUCAAUGUCACAAUACAGUGUGCAAUCAGUGCGGCUUCAAUCCCAACCCACACCUCGCAGGGGUCAAGGAGUGGCUCUGUUUAAACUGCCAGAUGCAGAGAGCAUUGGGAAUUGACAUGACAACCCCACGGUCCAAAAGUCAGCAGCAGAUACAUUCUCCCUCUCAUCAGCCUAAGCCCGAUCCCAUACCCAAAACCCAACUCUCAGCUCAACCUACAACACAGCAACAAUCCCAAAUGCAGACACAGGCGAAAAUUCAGCCCCAGGCUCAAAGCCAGUCCACCUCUGGGAUCCAGAGACAGUUUGGGCCCACUGUACCUGACCAGACUGGAGUGCAUUGUGAACCACAAAAAGAAGCGCAAGCAGGCCUCCAGUCAAUGUCUAGGGAUCCCCAGAGGCAGCGUGGGGAGGUAUUUGGACCAAAAAGUCCAGAAAGGGGAGUUCAUCUGGGUAAACUUCCUCAUCCAGGAGCAGUGCCUUUACCUGGCUUAGUUAAGGCUCAGUCACAGUCAGACUUGGGGCGUGGAUCUCCCGUGCAUUACGGAGGUCAUCUUGAAAAGACGCGAAGUGCCGGAAGCUCCCCGGCCCGUCAACCUCCAUCCCAAGACGUUCCUUCCCAAGAUGGUCUAACUAAGCUCUUUGGUUUUGGGGCAUCUCUUUUAAAUCAGGCAAGCACACUCAUUUCUGCUGAUCCUCUUUCUGGAUCCUCACAUCAGCCCUCAGCUGUCCGUAGCCAGAGUGCCCAGGGUUCCAGGGUGAUCUUUAAUGAUGCGAAUGCUGGUGCCAGAACAGCUGCGCCUGGCACUGCCAAAACAAGCCCAGGAGGUCCUGUGCUUUCUAAAGGUCCUGAGACCCUUCUGGAGAAACAAUCUGCACUGCAACAGUCCCCAGUGCACCAUCAGAAAGAGCCAAAACAACAACAGUUUUCAACACACCAUCAAAAAACAGCAUUGGAACAGCAGCCACUGUCAGUGAAGCCGGCUCAGCCAGUUAGACAGAAGCCAGACAUCACCUGCCCACUAUGUAAGACUGCAUUUAAUGUCGGGACAACAGAACCACCGAACUACAAGUCCUGCACCCAGUGUCACACACAGGUGUGCAAUCUUUGUGGUUUUAACCCAACGCCUCAUCUGCUGGAGAAAAAAGAAUGGCUCUGUCUAAAUUGUCAGACUCAGAGACUGAUGUCUGGUGGGCUUGACCCUCUUCCUGUUUCACAUUCAUCUCCUAACCAUCAACCAGUGGGGUCACCCAAACACCAACAACUCUCAAGUCAACAGCAGCAAGGUCCUAAAGGAAUGUCGCCACAGAAGAAACCAUCAGUUUCUCAGCAGAGUGAUCUUACGGCCCCCAUGGCUAGACCAGGAAGUGUUAUAAAAACUUCACUACCCACUGAUGCUACAGCAACUACUACAUUUAUUGGUGAAGAACAGAGGAAGGAAACUGCCCUCAAACUGGAUAAAGAGUCUGACCUUUACAGUACAUCAACUGAAAAGAAAAAAAUAACAGAGCCAAUUCAGACUCCUGCUAGAGAUGACAAAAAAGAGUUGCAGAGGUCCAAAUACUAUGACGAAACAAGCAAGAUAAACAGCAACCAAGACCUAUCACGGAGCCCGCAAAGUUUGAGUGAUACUGGUUAUUCCUCAGAUGGGAUCUCUAGUUCGCAUAGUGAGAUCACUGGUCUUAUUCAGGAGGAGGAGCUGAAGUUAAAUGAGAGAGGUCUCACAGGGCACCAUACACCACCAAGCCCGUCUGAACUGAUUAAGCUUGAGAGUUCCAUGCGACCCCUUCUAGAGUUUAAAGUGUCAUCUGAAGGUGAAGGAACAAAUGACAACAAGCGAGAAAAAGACCACCAUGGAGACAUCAGAAAGCAUAGAUCUCGCUCUAUAUCAAUUAGUCCAGAGGAAUAUGACUCUGAUGAGGACUUUGAAGGCAUUAUGGAGGUGGAAGAAGAGCCAACUGACUGGGACACCAAGAGAGAACUAAGAUCGAUUGCUGCUUUAGGUGGCCAUAAGAAAAGAAACGUAGAAUCUGAAGAGAUGACUGAUGAGGAAUUUAUGAGGCGACAAAUCAUGGAGAUGAGUGCAGAUGAUGAGGAUGAUGUUGAAGAAGAUGAAGACAAUGAUGAUGAAGACUAUAGUUACAAAAAGCCAAAAAAGACACAAAAGCACAUCAGUGACUCAGGGAAAGAAAAGCACCGUCUUACUUAUCAAUCUAGUAGCUUUGAGGAGGAGAGCAAAACUACAAGUGAUGUAUACAAAGGAUCAGCUGAAGAGGACCUCAUGGCAUCUCAAGGAGGCUUGCGGAGAUUCAAAACUAUAGAACUAAACAACUCCAAUAGCUAUAGUCGAGACAUAGAACUAAACAAUGACAAUGACCUAAGUCUGGACAGAGAGCCAGAGCUAGAAAUGGAAAGCCUUACCGGUUCUCCAGAAGAGCGUUCUAGAGGAGAAUAUUCCUCAACACUUCCACCAACCACCUCUAGCUACACCUCAGGGAUAUCCCCUACUUCCAUAUCCUCCAUGGAAGAUGACAGUGACAGUAGUCCUAGCCGUAGGCAACGGCUGGAGGAAGCAAAGCAGCAGAGGAAGGCCAGGCAUCGCUCCCAUGGACCACUCCUACCCACCAUUGAGGAUUCCUCAGAAGAAGAUGAAUUGAGAGAAGAAGAAGAACUACUGAGAGAGCAAGAAAAGAUGAGAGAAGUGGAACAACAGAGAAUUAGAAGCACUGUCCGAAAAACAAAACGUGACAAAGAAGAGCUAAGAGCACAAAGGCGCAGAGAACGAUCCAAAACACCCCCCAGCAAUUUGUCCCCCAUUGAGGAUGCUUCUCCAACAGAGGAGCUGAGACAGGCAGCUGAGAUGGAGGAACUUCACCGGUCUUCCUGCUCAGAGUACUCUCCUUCAGCUGAUUCAGACACUGAGGGCUAUGAAAUGCAGCCAAAGCUGUACAAAUCUGGCAGUGAGUACAACCUACCAACCUUUAUGUCACUUUAUUCUCCUACUGAAAAACCACAGACCACAUCUUCUAAACCUAUGAUAACAACUACUUCUAGCAGCAAACAAUUAAAAAGUGCAGAAGAAGUAUACGAAGAAAUGAUGAGGAAAGCUGAGAUGUUGCAGAAACAACAACAGCAGCAGCAGCAAUCAUGCUCUGGCCAGCAGUACAACACAAGCUCGUAUCAAGAGUCUGACAUUAGAAACAGACAGGAAUAUGAGGAUGAAUAUGAUUAUACUGAUCAAGAUGAUAUCACUUAUGAGAAUGAGAAUACAGUGGAUAUAUAUGAAGAGAUCCGCCAGACCUCACAAAACAUUUCAAAGCAGCUUGAUGACAAAAUUGAAAUGGAUGACUCCUUCUCAGAAAAGCAAUUACUGGAUACAGGCUCAGCCUUUGCUAAGUUGCUGGAACAAAGCAAUGCUUUAUUGACUCCUGGAACAAGCCCCACCCAGAUCUCAGCACCAGUAUCAUUUUCUGAAACAGUGACUGGAGGACGCAUACCUGAUGUCAAAGUAACUCAACAUUUCUCUAAAGAUGGAAACAAAGACAGACUUAGAUAUCAAACUGGUAAAAAUGGUAUUACACCAGCUGCUGCAGCCACUAAUAUUGCUGCCUAUGGAGUGUUCACUAGGGAUACAGUCACUGUCUCUCAAAAUAGGACCAGUCAAACAGUGUCCACCACACAGCCAAAUUUAUAUGUUCGGCAAACAGGAAGCACUACCAUUACAACUAACAGUGCUUCGACUAUGUCUCACAAAAUAGCUGAAAUCACUCAGGCUUACAACCAAAGUGCUGUAAAAAAAGUGUCAGUUAGCAAAGGAGUUCAAAUGAGAGAUAAUUCAACAUCCUCAGAAUCUGGCACAGUUUCAGUUCGAGGUUAUAUGUAUCACGAAAGGAGUCCACCUCUUUCUCCCACUUCCUCUCCUAUUCAUAGUCCGACACAAUCCCAAUCUAAAAGAACAUCUGAGCUCUCAACUCAAACUGUAAGUCCUUUAAUGCUAGCUUCCUCUGCAAAUGUUUAUCAUACUUCUCCGGUUUUGACACAGAGCACUCAGACUUCACAAAGGAUUGCCUUACCAUGCAUUUUUCAGAAAUCCUCUCCAAAUAGUUCUUUUAUGAUGAGAACAGAAGAGUUUGAGGCUACUAGCCCACCAAAGCCAGGGAAAGUUAACACAGCUACAUCUCCAUUGUCUUCACCGACACGGUUUAGUCGCCAGUCAACAUUUGAUGACUACUCACCUCCUGAUAGCCCUCCUGAUAUUCCACCACAUCAACAAUUACCACAUCGGGGAUUCUAUAGGAGUUAUAAGCCUGGAAAAGUUAACGUUGGAACAAGCAUGGUGACCACUACUAGCAUGUACACAUAUAGUUCACUGUCAAUGGACAACAUAUCACUUUGUCACAUUUCAACAAUUCCAGGUACCUCAAGAAUUGAGCAAGGACAAAGGUUACAUAGUGGAAGUGUUGUAGACCUAAGAACUGCCAUGAAGCCAAUGCCAGUUAUCAUGACUGACCAAGGAAUGGAUUUAACUUCCUUGUCCACAGAAUCUCAUAAAUAUUCUGGCAGUAGUGAAUUAAGUCCCAUUCGUCAAUCCACAACUAUUCAGCCAUUAGUAAUGAACUUGAAUACACAGGAGCAGCUACAUGUUGUAACCUCAACAGCAACAACCGUUAGUGUUACAGUAGCUGCUUCUAUGUUUAUGUCGCAACCCAAGCAGCCUGUGUUGUAUUGUGAUCCUCUAGAGAACAGAGUAGAUUUUGGGAAAGGUAUGGGACCAGUUGUUUGCCUUGCACUAAAUAAACAGCCACCAACAGAUCCAUCUAUACCAAAGAUUGAUGCUAAGCUGGAAGAUUUGAGUAUCCAGCAAGAGCAGUUACUUAUACAACAGCAGAAGCUUCAACAUCAACAACAAAUUCUUGAGGAACAGCUUCAGCACCAUCAUCACCUUCAACAACAAGCUGCCUCAUAUGCAAAGUUGGACUUAACAAGCCGACUGCCUGCGUUUAAAAAAGACAUGGUUGUAACUCAGACAAGCACUGCCAUAGAGGUUAAUGCCAUCUCUUCAGAUAUGACAUCUGAUGUUUAUGGUCUUGGAGGUUCUUCUGAAUUAAGAGAGAAGCAGCAAGAGACUAUGAAUCUAACAAAUGUCAAGCCUCUAACAAAUGUUAAGCCUCAUAGCAUGAUGGUUCAGAUGGAGGGAUUUGCACAAGGACCUGCUAUUACACAUCUUGUCAAAUCUGAGGACAUUCAGGAUGCAGUGGGUUUGUCAAGCCAAAUUAAAUCAGAAAAUCAAGUGACUUGUUGUGACAUGGUUUAUAACUUGCCUUUUGGUGGCAGUUGUGUGGGUGUUCCAUUCUCUCAAAAACAGGUCACAGAUGACAUUACUAAGGAAUCCACAACAAUACCUCCGAUACAAACACCGCUCUAUCAGCAACGUGAUUUGUUUCGAGAUCAAGAGACAUACCAAAAUUGUGCCAUUAAAUCACACACAUUGCCAUUACCUAGACGCCUUCAACCAUCAAUGUCUGAAACUAACAUUGCUGAUGCUGGUUUUUUAUCAUAUUCAGCAAAGCUUGAUCCUCAUUUUCAGUCCUCUGGAGAAUUAUUCACAGACACAUUUAAGGAUGGAUAUGAAAGAGAAUACACUGGGAUGGGGCUUCAAUAUGGCUCCUACACAGAUCUUCGUCAGGGUGAUGUUUCAGCUCUACCAAUUAGAAGGUACAGCUCUCUGACCAACAUCAGCACAGAUUGUGGAUAUUUCCCAGGUGAUUUUGCAGAGUCUAAUCUUGCCCAGUACAGUGCUACAACUGCCAGGGAAAUAAGUCGAAUGUGUGCCGCCCUCAACUCAAUAGAUAGAUAUAGUAGCAACCCAGACAUUUUACUAGCUACUGGGAGGUGUAGUGGUCCACCUAUUAAAGUUAAUCUGCUGCAAGCUCCCAGACAUAGCUUUAAGUACAGUCCAGAUGGAAAGCCUCUUUCACAUAGUCAAACUCUAACUGAUCUAAUCAAUGCAAGACAAGCCAGUCUUCGAGCUAUGUAUCCAUCAGCUAUCAGAUCAGUUGAUGGUAUGAUCUAUUCAACUAUUAACACACCCAUUGCAUCCACAGUCCCAAUUACUACACAGCCUGCUUCAGUGCUACGACCUCUAUUAAGAGGUGUAUACAGACCAUAUCCUACACCAAAUAUGACCCCAGUACCUUUGGCAAGCCUAACUAGAUUGCCAGUAGCCCCAAGGACAGGGCAAGUACCUUUCCAAUACCCUACACCUAAUCUUCUCUCUGUUACAACUGCAAAAGUGACUGAGUCACUAUCUAUAAUAACAGCCCAAGAUACACCAUUGUUCCUUGGCAAAGCUCCGGUAAGCUUGUCAGUAGCUAAUACAGUGGCACAACCAAUACAGCCCUCCUGUGUACCUGCUUGUUCUACCACUCCAGUACCUAUUUCAACACAAAUGGUUGCGCCAAUGGGCCAAAUUGACAUGCAAGUUCUUCCAUUAAAUCUAUCUCUUCCCCACCUUCAGUCCAUUGCCCAGCCUCUUAUACAACACCAGCAACCACAAGCUAAACCACCUGUUCAUUCCUUUCCUCCAGUACAUGGUCACACUUCUGCUCAGUCCAAAACACAGAUGUCCCCAUCAACACAAAGAUGCACAUCUACUUCAACCACUACAGUUCCUGAAAGUUUCUUCCCAAAUCAAGAAAAAGAAACAGAGGAAAAACUGCAUCAGCAGCAAGAACAUGUUUUGCAGUUAGAGAGAGAGAGAGUAGAGCUGGAAAAGAUGCGUCAGUUACGGCUUCAAGAAGAGCUUGAGCGGGAGCGUGCAGAGUUGCAGAGAGAUAGAGAAAAAGAGCAAAUGUUAGUUCAAAGGGAGAUCCAGGAAUUACAAACUAUAAAGCAACAAGUAUUGAAGCAACAGCAAGCUGAAAGAGAAAAUCAGUUACUUCUGCAAAGAGAGCAGCUAGCCCAACAAAAAAAGCAGCUCGAUCAGAUACAGUCUUUGCAACAACAGCUACAGCAGCAACUUGAGGAGCAAAAGAGUCAGAAGUCUGCAACAAGUGCUGUUGCAGCCAAUACAAAUACCCAGCACCCUAGAGGCAAAGCUGGAAAAAUAAAUCAACCACAAGAAUUUGUCCCAGAUGUGCUAUAUAGUGAUGUUCAAGUUUUCCUAAGACCGCUGCCCAAUUCUGCAUCAGAAAUGUGCUUGAGGAAAAGUGAUGAUCAGACGGAAAUUCGGUCUAUACGGAAACAAAGAUCUAUGCCUCGUCUGCAGGAUGGAAAUGAGGGAGAAAUUACAAUGUUUCCCCAGAGAGUUGUAAACACCUGUGUGCAAACAGACGAUGAAGAUAGAGAGGAAAGGUACCUGGUGUCAAGACGGCGAAGAACUAGGCGUAGUGUGGACUGUAGUGUUCAGACAGAUGAUGAUGAUGAAGACCAGGCAGAAUGGGAGCAGCCAGUUAGACGUAGACGCACUCGUUACUCUAGACAUGUUAGUGAAUCUGGUGUAGACCAUAAAUCUGAAAUGCCUUCAUUUGCAACUUCAGCAAUUAAAGCUACAUCAUCCAGCAUUGCCAUCCAGACCAUCCGAGACUGCUCUUGCCAAACAGAGACAGAUCAACUGGUUAGAGGGUCCCCAAGCAUACAUGUUACUAUGCCAGACCCCAACAAGGUUGAAAUUGUCCACUAUAUUUCUGGUCCUGAAAGGACACAGAAGGGUCAAAGCAUAUCUUGUCAAACGGACCCUGAGACCCAGCCUCAAAGCAUUGUUGUUCCACAGAUAAGCAUUGCUACCACUGUCUGCCCCACCAGUGUCCAGUUAGUUGGUUCAGCAGAUCAACUCUCUCCCCAUCAACAAAGUGUUGUGAUGUUAGGAAAAAGAAGACCUGAUCCUUUGGAGUUUGGCUACCAACAGCAUCACCUGCAUAACGAGUCUUUGUCCAGUCUGAUCCGGCAACAACCAAAAUCUCCACAGGUGCUGUAUUCGCCAGUGUCCCCACUUUCCUCUCCACAACAUGUCAUAGAAACUUCAUUUUCUUCUAGCGAGAGGCUAAAUAAAGCCCAUGUCACCCCGCAGAAGAAGUCGAGUAUUGGCGAGCUACCACAGAGACAUCAGGCUCUUCCUAGGCCAAUAAAGAAUAUCCAGAGAUCUAUGUCAGACCCCAAGCCUCUAAGUCCCACUACAGAUGAAAAUGCCAAGGCUAGGAUGUCAUUUUAUCAACAGCAAGCCCUGCAGAGUCAGCUGGCAGCUCUGCAGCAGAGCUCCCUCCUAAGGAAAGUCAAGAGGACCUUGCCCAGCCCUCCACCAGAGGAGACACUGCCUAUGGUUGCCCCUAACCUGUCCCAAAUGUUUAUGCCCUCUUUGUCUUCCUUUAAGGGUGGUUCCCGCUUAGCAGCAAAGACCAGUCUGUUGAAGGACCUGACCCAUGAGCUGAAGGCUGUAGAGCAAGAAUCUACAAAGCUACGCAAACAACAGGCUGAGUUAGAGGAGGAGGAAAAAGAAAUUGAUGCCAAGCUUAGAUACUUGGAGCUAGGCAUUACACAACGAAAAGAAACAUUAGUGAAAGAGAGAGAAAGGAGGGAGCUAGCAUAUCUACGCUGCAUGGGUGACUCACGAGACUAUAUGUCAGACUCUGAGCUCAACAACCUUCGCCUGACAUCUGCAGCUGCAUCCUUUGAGAGCAAUGGGUUAUUGACCAGACCCAGCACAGCACCCUUGAGCCAGUUUACUUGUGAGCUAAACACCGCUGCCCAGUUUCCCCCCACAUCAUCCUUCAUGUCAUACCAGUACCCACAAAGUCUACUUACUGCACCUACCCCACAAGCAUCUACAUUGCCAAGCACAGGUUUCAAUCAACCUCCCUAUCCAUCAGUCACCCAAGCCCAAGCUUUUCCCCAGCCUACUCCCUUGCAGACGUAUCCAACUCUAUCAUAUCAGGUCCAAGGGACCUUUCCUUCCCAGGGCUUCCCACUGAGCCAACCUCCAUAUCCAACAGACACUUUGAUGCCACAACCAACACAGCCAAGCCACCCAGGGUUCCAGCCUACCUUACCACCUAUGGGUGGAACGACUUAUCCAAGCCACAGUGCACCUUAUCCAAGCCAGGCACCCCCCUACCCGGUCAGUCAAACAAGCACUUAUCAGCCACAGAUAGACACUCUUACUUUUCAGCAGAAACCCCGUCAGACAUCACUUGCUGACCUUGAACACAAGAUGCCCACUAAUUAUGAGAUUGUAAGCAACCCUACAGUAACAAUAACUGCCCAAGAUACAAGUUACAGCCAGUCUGGGUUGGGUCCACCCUAUGGCCAAUACAGCACAGCUGUGUCAAGCACUUAUGGUCCCUACUCAUCUGUUUCAGCAUCCUCUGCUUAUGGACCAUACACAACAACCUCAUCCAGUAGUUAUGGGCAGUAUACAACAACUAUUGCAAAUACAUAUGGAUAUACAGUAACUACAGCUAGUUCCUAUGGACAAUACAGUACUGCUGCUACCAACACAUAUGGGCAGGCAGCAAUAUCUGACCACAUGCAUUCAAUGGACAGCCCCUCUGUGUAUUCUAGUGAAGGCUUGUAUGGAUCUUCUAACAUAGAGCAGAAUGUCUCAAGGAACUAUGUCUUAAUUGAUGACAUAUGUGAACUGACUAAAGAGGGCAUGGGCACUGCUCCAGACUCACAUCGCAGUGAGGGUCAUGGGCGCUACGGGACAGAUGGACUUCACACUCGAGGGGGGAGCUCAUGUGGCAGACCAGAGGAUGAACGUGAUGCAGAUCUGUACGACCAGCACCAUGGCAGGGGUAAGAGCACUGGCAGCUACCAAGCACAAGGGACAAAUACGCAUAGCCGUGUAGUGGGAAGCAGUAGCAUGGGUGGGGGAUCAUUAUAUUACUAUGAUGACUACAGAAACUCAGCACCUACACGGACAGCCCACAGGCACAAGUACCUGUGCCCUCCAGCCGUCAUGUCCUCCAGGAGGAGCAAACAUCGUAAGCAAAGCAUUGAGCAAAAGAUAUCAAAGUUUUCCCCAAUUGAGGAGGCUCAUGAUGUAGAGGCUGAUCUGGCCUCAUACACCAUGAGCACCUCUACAACCAGUGGUUAUGGCUCAGGUUCACAGUACCAUAAACUUCAGGAUGACGUCUAUGGGCUACGAAGUGCCUACAGUCAACAGUGGGGAAACUACAAUGAUGAAUGCCUCUAUGGUUAUGGCAGGUCCCGUUCAGCGGGUUAUGGCAUGGACAAAAUCUCAUCCUGUGAGAAGAGAUACAACAGCAGAUCAUAUGAAGGGGGCAGUAAAAAACGGUCAUAUCACAGCAACCAUGGCCACAGUGUGCACCCGUCUUCGCACUCUCAAUAUUCAGAAAAGGAGAGCUCCCACCUCAUGACACAGCUAAUGGGUGUUGGGAGGGCUUUCAACUAUCCAUCAAAUUCAUAUGGUUCAAGUCACUCGCUUCCUGAUGUGCAGGACCAUAUUCGAGACCUUCCCCGGACCCAUGUCUAUGAACCAGAUGAUAUGUAUAUAAUUGACGAUAUGCAUUGUGCUGUUUCUGACAGCGAAGCAUACCAUCUUGGACAAGAGGAGACGGACUGGUUUGAGAAGCCACGUGAGGUCCGUAGUUCCCGUCACUAUGGCAGCAAUGGUCAUUCUGGCAGGCGUGGCCAUGUCAAGCACACAUACCAUGACUACGAUGAGCCGCCGGAAGAUCUUUGGCCGCAAAAUGAUUAUGGCCAUACCCGUCACAUGUCUUCUCGAGAGUAUCGCCAACACGGAAGUGGAAGUUCUGGUAGGCACUCCUCACGCCACUCAGAUGAGCCUCGUUCCUCUCGAUCUUCACGUUCCUCAAAGGAUCCAUCCAUGCGGAAUGAUUCCCGCUCCCUGUCAUCUUCAGGGAGGAGGGGAGAGUCUCGCUCUCAGGGCUACCACUCCUCAGAUUACUCCCGUGAUCCCUCAGGCCAGCACCAUAGCUCUCGCUCUGGAAAACAGUCCUCCCACCAUCAAGGGUCCUCCAGUAGAAAGCAACAGGAACACAUCUCAUCUUCUAGACAGCCAGGAACUGUUGGGCCUACACAAAAGGGUCCUACUGGACCUUCAAGUUCAAGCAGGCAACCUGGCUCACAGCCAGCCAUUGAUGGACAGCAGGGUCAGCGGACACAGCUCCCUCAGUCGGCACAGACAUCAGCUACCAGGCCUGGACUGCAGACAUCUUCCACAGGUUCAACACAACCACAGCUAGUACAAGCCCAGCAACUGCAAUCUAAACCUGUCCAGCCUGGGCCAAUGGCUCGGCAACCCACCACAGUAGCUCAGACAACUUCCGCUGCAACUAAGCCAGAGCCCGUCACUGCUAUUGGAGCAAAAGCAGCUCAGAUUCAACCUGGCAAAACAACCCAGCCCCCUCUCACAGGGAUCGGUUCCAAAGCAGUUCCACGGCCUGCUGGAAUCGGCAGUGCAGCUGCAGGUCAGCCUGGUGUGGAGGGAGAGAGCGUGUUGUCAAAAAUUUUGCCUGGAGGGGCUGCAGAGCAGGCUGGCAAACUAGGAGAGGCCAUCACUGGAUUUGGCAAGAAGUUCAGCUCCUUGUGGUGAGGAAGACCGAACUCAAGGUUGUCUAAAAAGGACGUUGAAAGACUUUGCACUGGAAAAACCUAUGAAGUUUUUCUUUCAUGUUUUAAUUUAAUGAAAAGACAGAGAGAGGGAGAGAAGCAAUCUGUUUCUUCUGCCAUUCAGAAGUGGAAUCACAGAACUCCAGCAGCUCAGGCCUGCAUGAUGUCAAGACUUCACUGUUCCUUCUGGAAACCAGACU